AUCACUACCACCUUGCCCUUGUGGUAUCAGAAACAACUUGAAAUACACGGCGUCCACCAGUAACACAGCCGAAUCACCCAAAACCUCGCCGCCAACGCAGCCGAAAUUACACUGCUUCCACCAUAUGAUGAUCCUUGUUACGUGAAAAGAAUUUAAUUUCAAUUCAUUUACAUCAAACCGCUUCGAAAACAUGUCUGCUUCUGUUCCUCAAAGAGAAGAACAAACAGAGAAUGUUUCUAAUAGAAUCAUUCCCAAAUUGCUAAUCCAGUGUGAAGAAUGCAAAUCCAACCCCUCAAAGUACAAGUGCCCGGGUUGCUCGAUACAAUCGUGCAGUCUUCCUUGUGUAAAAGCUCACAAAGUUCGGACCGGGUGUAACGGCAAGAGGAACCAGACUGAAUUUGUUCCUAUUUCACAGUUUAAUGACAAUAUAUUGUUAUCUGAUUAUAAUUUGCUGGAGGAUGUGAAGAGAGUGGCUGAAGUUGCUUCGAGAACGAGAACAAAGUUAGGCGUGUCUACUCCAUAUUUUAAGUUACCCCGUUACCUCAAAAGCCUGCAACAUGCUGCUAGAAGCCGGAACACAAAUCUAUUGUUUCUCCCUAAUGGAAUGUCUAAAAGAGAGAAUAAUCGGACUCAAUUUGACAAUCGGAAGAAGUCUAUACAUUGGACAAUAGAAUGGCGUUUUCACUCGACAAAUAUUGUUUUACACGACCACGGUGUUCAUGAAAAUUCAAGCUUUGACACCAUUCUAGAGAAGCACCUCGAACCAGGUCCUUGGAAUCAUCAACUAAAAGAGUUUUGUAACCAACGAGAUCAUCUCAAGCUCUUUAUUCGUAAAUAUCCAAAGGGUCCCAAGUCACCCUUCAAAGAAUUGGAUAUGAAAGCACCAAUCAGACAACAAUUGGAAAAUGUAGUCAUUUUGGAGUAUCCUGUUGUUUUUGUUUUCUUGCCGUCUCACACUAUCAAUUUCGAAGUUAUUAAGAACGUCAUUCCUAGUACACCUAAAUCACCACAAAAAGAUAGUGAAGUUAACCUAAUUCCAGAAGGUGUAUCGUUCCGGGAAGAAGAGAUUGAAGAUGACAACAACUUUGAUGAUCCUAUGGUUUUUGAUCUUUUGAAGCAUGCAGAAUCAAGUCCAUCACAUCAAGUGCUUACUGAAAAUACGCUUUCUGAGAAAGCACUAAAUGAUUCAUUAUAUAUACCCGUUUUUGAAGGAGACAUUGAGGGAAAUCUUUCGCCCCCAUCUUUCAUAGACACGGCUUUCCCACAAUUGCCUGAAUCUGAGAUGUUUGACUUUGAACGAGUAUUGUAUGAUGAUUCCUAUGGUUUUGAUUGUGAAUUUCCUCAAGGCUUCCCAGAUUUUGAUUGUGAAUUUCCAAAGAAAGAUGAAAAUGAAAUAGAUGUGUUUGACGACGUUGACAAGCUCCAUCAGCAAGUGCAGUCAGAGCAAUUGGAGGAAGGGGAAAUUCCGGAUUGAUUGGUAGCUAUAGCCACUUCUGCUGAAGAACUGAGAAGUAAAAGAGACCAAAUAAUCGUAUCUUUGUUGUAAAGACAAGACGAAGCUGCCGCUUUUUGUACAAGGAUUCUAGCAGAGUGCAAAAGCUGUUGGCAUUGGUAUUUUUCUCAUCUCUUCAGGUCAAAUUUUGGUAAUGAAUUAUUUAACUUUUGUUUGGUAACAUCCUUUUCAAGAGAAAUCUAUGUAGCACCGACUCCUGAAAAAUGGCAUGUCGUGUCCGUGCUUGACACCUGUGAUUACGUAUAAUUUAUUCACUUUUUCAAAUUAUUACCGGUGUCGCCGUGUUAGUGUCUAGGUCGUAUUUGGGGUGUCCGUGCUACCUAGAGAGAAAAUGAUUACAACAUUAUAUUAUUAAUUUAUUUAUUUCAGUUUCAUUAA